AAUCAACGUACCUAAUUGAAGAUGAUAUGCAUGUGAUAGAGAAAGUUUCCGGGUCUGAAAUUGAAAUCAUUCUAAGAAAAAAUAUUCAACUGGAGUCUGAUUGACCUAUUCAUCAUUUUAAAGUUGUUCGUUGAUCGUGAUUUUCGUUGUUAAUAUGAUUUUGUCUAUCAAAAAAUCGGUAAUACUAUUUCCGUUCGUUUGUUUGAUUUUUAUUCAACGAUCAAAUGCUACUCCUGCAAUGCUAUCGAAACCCAACAAUGGGACUCAAUUCAAUCCAGAUGCAGAAUUUCGCACCAUAAGAUAUAAUUUGAGUAUUGAUCGUAGUCAUUUCAAAGAAUAUGGUACUUAUAUCAAACGUGAGAACAUGAUUCCUACUACCGAAAAUGCACCAUGCAAAUGGUUUGUCGAGUUUAAAUGGGAGCAGACUCGAUACAGCCACAUUUAUAUUUCAUUAUAUUUUCAAUUGGAUGAUGAUGGUAAAGCAGGAAGAGCAAUCGCGAAACUCAGAGCUGCACUUCUUGAUGACUUUGGAAGAGAGGUGCGAUUACACGAAGAGUUGCUAGAACAUGAUGCCGGAGAAGAGAAAAUCCAAUGGAGCCAUUUCAUGGAGGUUGGCGACUAUACCAAAAAUCCGUUCGUAAAGAAAGCCCAAUUCAUUAUUUCUAUUGAGAUAUCCUAUUAUUAUUCUCGAUGCAGCAAUACGACAAGUCAACAAAACAUGACCUCAACAGAACCCAACACCACGAAAUGUCUUCCAUUAGAUAAUUUUAGCUCAUUAUUUGGUAAUCAAAAUUAUGCAGACGUCAUUCUACUAGCAAAAGGCAAAAAUUAUACGGCUCAUCAAGUUGUUUUGGCAGCACGUAGUGAAGUUUUCACAACCAUGUUUCAAAACAAUGUACACGGUGAUAAAAAACAUAGAAAAAUUCGAAUCGAUGUUACCGAUAUAGAUGCAGAAGUUAUGGAUGAAUUGUUGCGAUACAUUUACACGGGAAAAUGCCAGAUUUCAGAUAAACUAGCCGAGCGACUUUAUGAAGCAGCAGAUGCAUAUAAGCUAAAUGAGCUGAAAACAAUUACUUUGAAAUCGAUGGUUGAAACAUUAUCUGUUGAAAAUGCAGUAAAUGUGUUAGUAUUUGCGGAUAAGCAUCAUAAGAAGGAUUUAAAAUCAACAGUUAUUCAGUUUAUCGUUGAAAAUUCUGCCCAAGUGUUGAAUACUACCGAAUGGAAGAGUAUGGUAAUAUCUAAUGUUCAGUUAGUUGCCGAAUUAUGCCAAAAUUUUUUGCAACGAUUGGGUACGUCCGUGCCAUGUGAAUUCUUUUGUAAGUCAAUUUUAGCAAAAAAAUUAGAGUAGGUAUCUACCUGUGUACCUUGUAAAUUGGGAUAGUUCUAAUCAAAACUAUAAAAUUGUAAAUAACCUAAGGAAUUAAAUUAAAGAAUUAGUUUCGAGUUUUCUUA